AUGGCUCGAGGAGCUCGCGGCGUGGAUCUGAGCUUCCUGGGCGAGGAGGAGGCCCGGCAGAUCUGCCACGUGCUGGAGCGGGACGCCCGGCUCAGAAGGGCGGAGAGGGAGAGGAUCCGCAAACUUCACAAGAAAAAGGAAGAUACAACAGAACUUCCCGGAGUGACUGGAGAAUGGUUUGAAGAAAUACAGAGGAGAAAAUUUCAGAGUGAAACUGACGUGAGCAAAAUGCUUAAACAACCGCUAGCGCAUCGGCUGAGAAAGGCCAUGAAAACAGAUUCUACAACUGUGAAGCCCUCUGCCCCACAAAGCCCCCAAGCCCAGAAAAACGGAUCACCUUCCAUCCUGGGAGGACUGCGGACGCCUUUUGCUUCUCUAUUCUCCUCCUUCAGAAAACCCAAAAGGCAGCCACUGAAGCCUCCGACAUCACCGCCUCCGCAGCACCUUCACCCUCCACGAUAUGACUGCUUCGCUCCAGGUCUUAGUACAUCUUCCAAAGUGGAGGAAAUGGCAAAGACUGAAACAUGCAACUCUCCUGUGGCCACUAAACUAGCAAAUAAGCGGUUUGAUGCAGAGCAAGCUGAGGAAGACAACUCCUCUACUUGGAACGAGCAGCUAGAGACAGAACUGUUACGGGUUCUGUGGAGUCUGGAUGAGCAGUUGGCACAGGAACAAGCCCAGGGUCCAGUGAAAAGAAGGACUUCAACUGACCAUGGCUACGGAAUAUCAGACACCAAUCAGUACCCCACUGUUACCAGACAGAGUUUUCGGAGAGUACAGAGGAAUAACCGGAGCAUGUUUUUGCCUGAUGGAGCAAAGACCCUGAGACCCAGUGAGGAACACCAACAUUUCUUCCGACCAAGGACCCUUUACGAUACAUACAUGAAAAAAUACCAUGUGGAAGACUAUGCAAACCAGAAUGUUUUGAACAGAAGGUCUUCUGUUUCAAGGAGAUGGUGCUCUACACGUUCUCUUGGACAUUCUUCUGAAGACAGCUUGGAGCACCUUUCAGGCCCAAGUGGCAGCGGGUUUCGAUGCAGGAACUUCCCUUGCACAGAUACAGUUAGCAGAAGUUAUUCUUUGUCUUCUCUUUCUAGGCGCCACUCUUCAGGAUCUGUUGAGCAGCUUUCCACAGAUGUUCUGCAACAUCCUUGGGCAGUGGAAGGCAACAGAAGAUCCAUGCAAAGGAACUAUCACCGUCAUUCCAAGCGGACUCCCCUGUCGUCUGUUGUAUGGAACCCGCCACCCCCUUCAGAACAUCCAUUAGUUCAAGACAGGAUACUUCGGACUCAAUCAUUAAUGGACUUUGGCCCUAAAUUUGAAGAUACACAUCCUUGUUCUCCAAGGGACAAUGCAAAAUAUGAAUUUUACCGAUCAAACAUCAAUCACAGAAGAGCAGUACCAAAUCCCAGUCAUUUGAGCAGGGUUGGUUAUCCUGACAAGCUUACAGACUCUCCGUGUUUUGAUAAUUGGGAAAAUUAUGCAUUGCGUCAGCCAGAAGGAAAUGUUACAAGCCCUCGCUACAGAUACUCAUCAUUGCGCGGUACGAUGCACCUCUUCAACAAGAGAUUUCCUCCUGGAAGAAUGGAGGGGCAGCUUUUUGGGCCUGAAAGUAACCAGUGUUAUAAUGACCCCUUUCUCACCUCUGAGGCUGACUCUGAAAGGAUUCCAACUAAUCUUAAUGACUGGCAAAGUGCGAAAAACAUUGGCUUACAACAACGUGAGAGCAACGCUCAAAAUAAUGUAGUGGAACACAUGAGGAACAUGGAUCGUUUAAAAGGUGAAACGACUGAAGAGUUUUUAAAGCACAGAAAAGGCAUAGAGAACCAUCCAAUGUAUACUCCAAAAGCCCCUUUGCCGUUCAUCAGAGCAAGGGCUUCCAAUCAGCCUGUCCUAUCUGAUUCAAAGGGCCCAGGAAAAUACGCAGUGCAAAGGCAAAAUCUAUUCUCUAGGUCUGGAGAAACAUCCGUAAAGCCUUUGGUUACAAACACACAAGCCAAGGAAGACUUCCAGACACUUGCAUCAGAGGAGUUGAGGGAUACUGGCCAGUCAAGCAGAGCAGGCAAUGGAGACCUUAAAGAAGGGAUAUCGGGUCUGGUUUCUGGGGAAGUGGAUACAAACCGUCCAACUGAAUGUCCUCCUAAAAACUCUUUGGCAGCUGUCCCACAGAGCGGUACAUCUCUUAAACCCCCUGUCUCGCUGGGUUCAGACAUGCAAACCAAAUCAGCUUUCUCAAGGGAUACUGAAAGAACGUAUUCAGCAAGUGCUCAGAACAGAAAUGGACCAAACAAGGAAAACAGUCGUGCUUUAAAUAGUGACCUCGAUCAAAUAUCUCCUCCUUGGUUAAUUGGUAACAGGACGAGGGAUUCUUUUUUUCAAAGCUUGCGGCGAGGGACACGUCAUUCUGAAGGCUUGAGAGUUUCCAUGCACAAGAAACAGCAUGAGAAUAUUCGUUCACCUCAUUUUGGUAGAGCCUUGAAAGUAUUUGAACGUGAUGAAUUAUCAGACCCUUGCACUGAAAAUCCAAACAAGCACAGUAGUUUUGUUAGACAUGGAACUAGCAACAGUAUCACUGGCUCUCCUAGUAGUAGUCCUCCUAAAUCUCCGGUUAUGUAUUACACCUUACCUAGAAAAUCUGCCAGUAUUGACGGUGGUUCUAUAUCACAGAAACCCCUCUCUUCUCCUAAAAGAAGGAUCCCAUUUGAAAACCAGGCAGCUUUGGAAGAUAAUUUAGAGACACUUGUAUCAAAUAGAAAUGAAAGAAGUUCUUGGAAUCCAAGAGAGAAAAUUGCCUUUGCAAAUCCAGCCCAUUCUUCAUUACUUAAAGAUGUCACCUAUGAAGGAAACAUUCCACAGACUGAAGCCCACCAUCCUGAUCACACCUUCAGCGCAACAAAUAAGACUGUUAGAAAAUUGGAAAAAAGCACAAUUACGUGUUGUCUAGACAAAACAGAAACUACUGUGCUCGCUGACUGUGAAGAAAUGGAUGCAGAAAAUUCUUUGCAGAAAUGCAAAACGACCAGUAUGGUUACAGUUAGCGUUGACGAAGAUAACAUCAAAUACCAUGAGCUGAUUUCGGUUUAUUAUACAUUACCCCGGAAACAUUCAAGAAUGUUGGGUAACCUCUUUCUAGAUGGCUCCAAUAAUGUAGGUUCUUCCCCACCCUCAGGACUGAGCCCCUCCAAGAAAUGUGUCCGUGCUGGUUUAGAAGCUGCAGGCUUUCCCUGCAAUUUAGAAAAAACAGAUUUGCCUGCCAAAAUAUCUGCUGCACCUGGUACAUCACAGAACUCAAAAAUUCCAAACCAGUCUAAAUUAGAAGACUACCAUGUUAGAAGUCCCAUUACGAACUUGCUCUUUGCUCCUCAUUCACAACUUGUGGAGAGUAAUGGGAAAGAAGCAGCGGAACACCUAAUGCAUGCUCAAGCACUUAGUGGCAACAGACCACCAGGCCUUAGCACAUCAAAUCUGGAAAUUCCUUCAGUUGCCGCACCGUCUUCUACUCUAAACGCUAGGCAUGCGCAAAAAGAGAAUCCCUUGGGCUGUCAGCCAUUGGAUGAAACAACUGGGAGCAACAAUCCACAGAUUCUUUUUUCUUGUUUGAUGGAUAAUGAAAAAAGGAAAUGUGCUUCCGAUCCAGCAACUGAUGCCCCGGUGAGCUCUACUGAGGAGAAAAUGAGGCGGGACGUAAAGGUCAAAGAGCGGGCACGUCAUAUAUGCCAUAUCCUUGCCCUACAUAGCAAAAAGGGGGAUGGGUUGCAGCCAAGAAAUGAAUGUGUCACAAGUGGCAUAGGCAGAACAUUAACUUCACAGACCACUGUACAGUCACAUUCUGACAACCAGACACUUCCAGUGGAAGCAACUACUGUACCUAAAGCAUCACUUCAACCAAAUAUUCCUGUUACGUGUGUUUUGAAGCCUCCAAACCCUAAGCAAGAGCAGCUGUUGCAGAAUAACCCAGUACACACCAUUUGCACAAGCUCACAGACGUCUGUGAGUAGCUCAGUAGAUAGCCAGAAUCUUAACCCAGAAGAUCAGUUCCCAAAUACCACACUGGAUUCGCCUGAUGGUUCAACGACUGAAAAUAAUCUUACCCUGGAUAAUGCCCACAGUGAAGCAGAAAAAAGAAAAAACAGGCCUUCAAUUAAAAACAGACUGGCAGCCAUGUGCAAAACAGGCCGAAAGUUUUCUAAUAAGAAAAAUCUUAAGCCACACGUAAGUAGUAUAUUUUCACAGAACGAGGCCCCUUCUUCAGAGAUUAGCGAACCUCUGUUGAUCUUGUCAGUCGUUCCCCAGCCCCUUCUGCAAAUUGGGAUUGAGGACCAGAAUCGGAACCCUCUGCCUGCUGAGCUUGAUAGCCCAACGUUUGGCAAAUCUGAGGACAAGAAAUCACAAACUCACGAGGGACCUCCGUUGAUUACCAGUGAGAACAGGAGGCCUUUUACAAACUUGUGCAAUCAAAAAAGGGAAACUGACAGUUCCAGUAACAAAAAUAUAGAGAACAAUGUUCUAAAACCUGCAGGUUUACGUCAAAAAGAAAGUGAGUCUGCACUAAAUAAUUCCCAAGUCCAUGAUAAGGGACUAGAAAAUAGCAAUUGCCCCAUAGUUUCCAGAGUGACUGCUGAGGAUCUCAGCCAAAAGAAAAAAGAUGUCACGACCACUGGUGAGUCUUCCUUGUUUUCCCCUUCAUUUGAUAAAAACUCAAGCAAUCUUACUAAAAGUUAUUCAAAGGCAAAUAUUUGCCCGCAGCAAAAGGCAGUUCCCCUUACAGGAUAUGACCACUAUCAACGCAUUAAGCAGCCAAAUAGGUUAAAAAGUCAAACCCUACCCCAUGCUGAGCCAAGUCCCAGCAGACUACCGCGUGAACGCCAUUUUUCUGAAAGUUCCUACGCACAAGAACCCCACAAAAUCCUGGCCUCGAAAAGCGGCUUGAUCCGCCCUAACCGUAGAAAGUUUAAUUCCUAUUCUGAAUUGUUGACCUGUGAUGAGAAUGAGAAUUGGGAGGCCUACAGUGACCCUAACAGGACCUUUGGAUCCAGGCAAUUAAUGUAUCCAUCUGUUGAAUUUGGCAUUUUUGGAAAAGAGCAGCAGCAAGCUUUCUUGGAUAAUAUAAAGAGAUCACUUACUGAGGGAAGGUUGUGGAGGCCGUGUCUUCUGAAGAACCCCGGUUUUCUGAGAAAGGAAGAGGGCUGCUCCUCAAACAAGUCCGAGCUCUCGAGCUCAGGUUUUGCUGAGAGAAAAAAGCCCGAAGAAGGUUCAUCCGAAAGGAAGCCCGUUGAUGUCUGCGAGGAAGAGGUCCCUGCGAGUUAUUCAGAAACAGACUCUGACACCACUACAGACGAUGAAUACUACCCAAAUGAGCACGAUAAAGAAUCCGAACUUUGAGAGGCUGUAGAAUGAGAUGCAAGAAAAUGCUUUUAUCUUAAAAUGGCUUCUUAGUUCUUGGGCUG